UCUAUGUGGGUGGCUCUACAGAUAGAAAUGAGGGCCUCACUCAAACCCAAACUCUAGAUCCCUACCUCCCCACCAGUCUGUGGACGCAGGUCUUGAGCAGUUCUGGGGCUUGUGACUGGAGAGCUGAACACUGUGAUGGAGACUCCUCUUGAGAAGGCUUUGACCACGAUGGUCACCACUUUUCACAAAUAUUCAGGGCGAGAGGGUAACAAACUGACCCUGAGCAAGAAGGAACUGAAGGAGCUGAUAACGAAGGAACUGAGUCUUGGGGAGAAGAUGAAAGAGAGCAGCAUUGAUGACCUGAUGAAGAGCCUGGACAAGAACAGCGACCUGGAGAUCGACUUCAAGGAGUAUUCGGUGUUCCUGACCACACUGUGCAUGGCCUACAACGACUUUUUCCUGGAGGACAACAAGUGACCGUGCUGCCCUCUGCCCUCCCUGUCAGCCCCUCGCCCCUGACUGCUGUAGCUCCUCUCUCAGACCCUUUCUGGCCCCAUCCCCCUCGCUCAUGCAUCCUUCCAGGAGAGGAAAUAAAGUUUCCA